UGUUGCUGCUGCUUCUGGUCUGUCUGUCUGUCGUCUUUCUCCAGACACAAGCUCCCUCCACCCCCCUCUCCUUCAUCUUUUUUCUUCUCCCCUCUUCUUUUUUCUCCACCCUCUCUUAUUUUCUGUAUAUUCUCUAUCUCCCAUUGAGGCUUUGCUCCUCUUAUCUUGGGUUUCUUUUCCCUCUUUCCCUACCUUUGUCGUCUCUCCCCCGCUUCUCCCUCCAUCUCCACCACCCGUCCUACUCUGUCCACAACCAUCCCGACUUGUUGGUGCAGGCGGUGUGCUGUGGCUUCGUGCCUCCCCAUUCUUCUUCUUCUUCCUUUUUUUUCCACUACAGCUUUGCGUCGUGCGAAGUUCCACGACGCGAGUUUGCUCUUGAUUGACGAUUGAGCUCGAUGUCUUCCACCGUCAACUCCAUCCCGGCUGCCAAUAGCGCAUCUGGCAAUGCCGUUAACGCGCCCGCGCAGAACCAGGGUAAUAGGCCCUCGCUGAGACCCAGCACUAACUCCAAGGCGUCCGAUGGCGGCCGUCGCCAGUCUGGCAGCCCUGUCGAUGGCGGACAGAGGCGCAGCAACUCUCAAAAGGCUUGGUCCCAAGGCACAAACCCCAUCACCCAAAGAGCGUCCUACUCGCAGCAAAACGGAAAUAUGAAGCAAUCCUCAUCUCCCAAACCGGCUUCGAAAGAAUCCAACACCCCUGAUAACCAUGCGCACGAUCGUCUCGUUUUCCUUCUCACUAGCUUUAUUGGUCUUACCGCUAUCAUAACCACGAAAAAUGGAGAAAGCUUCACUGGAAUUUUCUCUUCCUCGUCUCUCGAACCCAGUGACUCGUCAUUUUUGCUCAAGAUGGUUCAACGUGCCUCCAAACAGGACCCACAACGAACAAACGGUGUUAGCGAUGUUGCCAGUCCCUUCCUCGGGUCGGCUCCAGAGCACAGCAUGGCCUUUGAUGUUAAGGAUAUAGUGGAUAUUGCUGUAGCAAACGUUUCCACAGCGGAUGUAACAGCCAAGACAGCCAAUGGUGCUGCUAGUGGCUUCAGGACAGACGUCGACAUUUCUGGAAAUCUUGCGAUUCGCGAGCGCACUCUGAAGCGCUGGGAACCAGCCGCCGAGGAUGAAGUGGACAUGUCUCUUGAGAGCACGGACAGCUCCACGGCGAUGGGCUGGGAUCAAUUCGAAACCAACACACGGCUCUUUGGUGCCGUCAGUAGCUACGACGAAAACCUCUAUACUACCCGGAUUGACCGUUCGGAUCCUACCUACAAGAGAAAGGAGGCAGAAGCUGCCCGUAUUGCCCAGGAAAUUGAGGGCACCGAUGUGGUCAACUCGCACAUGAGGGAGGAGAGAGGCCUGGCACCAAUUGAUGCUGGUGGCCAUGAUGAAGAGGACAAAUAUAGCGGGGUCCGUCGUGAUGAGAAGGAUUUUCCGCCUCUAGUUUCUGGGCAGCCAAACAAAUACACACCCCCAGCGCGCAGACAACCUGCUGCUCAACCUGCGCCCGCGCCCGCCAGCACUCUGAAACAGCCCGCAACAGCCGACCCAGCUUCAGCACCUGUCCCUUCGACGGAGACACCCCCCACCCAAGCCUCGCAAGAGAAGGAGUCAACUCCGGCCGCUAAAUCCGCCGCUGAUGCAGAGCAGAAACCGGCUGCAGGAAAGGCUGCACCGUCGAUUGCUUCGGCCCCGAAACCGACUGCCGAGAAUGCCACCUCCAAUGUAGAAGCCAAACUUCUGGGCCACUUCCGCGAAUUUGCUAAUAGUGAGAAGAUGAAAGUGCAGGAACGUCGGCGUAACCAGGCUUCCUAUGAUCGAACGCUCAAAUUGAAUGAGUUGAUGAAAUUCUCAAAGAACUUCAAGCUUGCCACGCCGGUGCCGAAGGAUCUGGUCCCUAUUCUCGCCAAAGACCGUAACAAGCAGGAAAAGAUCAUCCAGAGAGCCCAGCAACAAACAGAUGAGAAGGUGGAUUCCAAAGCUACACCAGUGACUGCUGAGCAGAAACCAGCACCUCACGCCCCCGGCCAAAGUGGAACAAUGCCGCCACCGGCACAGUCUGAUCGUCCAACUCAACCCCGUGGUCGCCCGAUGUAUCCACCCACUGGUCCGCACGCUGGACCAGGUGGACGACUUCCGCACCAGACGAUGCAUCCCGGUCGCCCAGGCACUGGCAUGCUCAGUCACCGCCUCGCAGACAAUUUGCAGCAGCGUAAAGGGGCUGCCAUGGGACCGGUUCCAUCGCCCUUGCCCAUUCACGAUGGUCGAAUUCCCCCCACUGGCCCCGCUGGUGACCAGUCUGGUGUGACUAGCCCAAGCAAGACACAGACGCCUUCUUCAGCUGCAUCCACCAAGUUCAACGUCAGGGCUAUGGAAUUCAAGCCCAACCCAGCCGCGAGCACGUUUACCCCUGGCGGUGCAUCGGGUGCUUCGUCCAGCCCUCAACCAUUCUUCAGAGGCCGAUCCAUCUCCCGUGCUACCAGCCCAUCCGCCUUUUUCGGUGCGAAGAAGCCACGGCCUAUUGCUGAGCGGCCAUCUCUUAACGACCAGUUUAACCCCAUAAAAAGAAUGAAGAAGGAGAGUGCAGAGCAAUCUGAGAAGGAUUACACUUUCAAUGGAGGCAUUCCCCCGGCCUACAAGACUCUUCCAACAUGGGAUGCCCCAGCGGGAAACGAGGAGAAAACCUAUUUGCAAAUGUUUAAGCAGCCGCCUACCGUGCCUUCGAUCUCGCCCCAAAACCGCUCGGCAUCGAACCCCCAGGCUCCUCACCAACCCCAGCUGCCCUUCCAAUUCCAGCAAUCGAACCCGGGAAUGCCUCCGGUCUCUGGCCCACCCCAUGGGCCUCACCAUCUUCAUCCUCAGCAACAUCACGGAUCCGGCCCCCCUCACUUCGAUGACCAUCGGAUGCAAAUGUCUGCCUCGACUUCACAGAUCUUCCCGUCACCCAGACUUCAGCAUAGCCAUGUAGGCUAUCCGUCUCCCAUGGCUCCUCAUGCACAGCUUGCAUUCGGGCAGCCUGUACCACAGUUCUAUGUUAAUCAGGGAGGCCCACAACCUGCUCACAUGAGACAUUAUCCGGGCGCACCGCAGUUCGUGAAUCCACAGGCAACAAUGGGUGCCCCUAUGAUGGUUCAGCAGGCUUCUAGUGGUCCGUAUAUGGGCGUUCCUCCUUAUACCCCCCAAAUGCAAAUGUACUCCCCAAACCCCGGCCACGCGUAUCCUCAACAUGCACCUCCCCCUCAACCGCAUAGUGGAUUCCCGAGCCCUAGUCGAGGAGCUCCCAUGAUGAUGCAUCAGAACUCCCAACCGGGCCAGCCGCCACAGCCUGUCAUGUUCAUGUCCCCCGGGCAGCAUGGGCAGCCCGUGUAUGCUGGUCAGCAACCAGGUCACAUGCCCCCCGUCCGAGGCAAUUAUCCUCAGCAGCAGCCGCACUUCUCAUCCAGCCCUCACCAAGUUCACCAGUACCCUCCCCACCAGCACCGGACACCAAGCAGCGGCUUCAAUCAGAUCCCUCAGAUCCCACCUCAGAUGCCUUCUCAACCACCGCCUGCUGCCGCGUCCGGUUCACACCCUCCCGAAGCCGCUGACGAAGCGAAAUGAGUCUUUUCGGACCAUAUGACCAAUCCUGCGAGACAAAAUCCACCUCGCUGACUUCGGAUAUGCGAACACCAUAACCAACGCUUACGUCGAGCGCCCCAGCUUCGCUGGAUCUUGACUAGGUAUUAUUUCACGAUCGAGAACCACAAAUAUUUAACGUGAUUCAAGUUUCGAUAUACUGUCGAAGCUUAUCUGUACUUGAUUUUUUCCUGAUGGUCGUCCGCGCACCAAAAGCGUAUGCCGCUUGAGGUGAGCAGCUACCAACAUCAUUACUUA